UGGUAAUUAUGCCCUCAGUGGUGGUUAUGCUCUUAGUGGUAGUUAUGCCCUCAGUGGUGGUAGUGCAGCAACAAAACUUGACAAUGAGACUUGGUGGCAACAGGACUUGGUAGCAACAGGACUUGAUGACAAGACUGGUAGUAACAAGACUGGUAGCGACAAAACUUGGUGGCAAUGA